UCCCCGCAACACCAGUGAUCUUCACUCAUGUUUACGGAUUUGUUGUUGCAUCACUUUGAUACGGAAUUUAAUUUUCUAAGGCUUUCCAGAAGGGCCAAGAAGCCUCAUAUAUAUUUAAAAUGUCUGAUACGGAGAAGAAAGGGUCUUCGGAAAGCCAAGUCACUGUGGUUAGAAAUGCGACGGACCUUCAGCGACUAAAGUUGGAGAAACUGAUGAAGAAUUCGGAAAAGCUCGCGUUCAUUCCUGAUCGGCCUAAAGAUAAGAAGUUCUCUGAUCCAGCUGAGUUUGUGCGCAAUGUUAUGGGCUCAAGUGCAGGAGCUGGCAGUGGUGAAUUCCACGUCUAUCGGCACAUCCGGCGCAGGGAGUAUGCACGUCAAGAAUUUCUCAACCAGAUGAAGGACAAGGAUAAUCUGAACCAUGAAUACCAUGAAAAAAUCGAGGAGAAUCGUCGUGCUUUAGAAGCCAAAACAGCUAAAAAAAGAGCGAAGAGGCAAAGACAGAAAGAGAAACAGGCAGCAAAGAGACAAAAGUUGAAGGAGAUGAAAAAGAAAGGAAUAACAGUUGAAAAACAGAGCUCGUCCUCGGAAAGCAGUGAAGAAGAGGAGGAAGAAGAAGAAGAGAAGGAGAAGGAAGAGAGAGUGAGGGAAGAAGAGGAGAAAAGAGAAAUAUUGAAGAAGGGAGAAGAGGUGAAGGGUGAUGGAAAGAAGGACGGAGAGAAAGAAGGUGGGAAUAAGGAUAGUAAGCAGCAUCAAAAAGAGGAUGGGGAAGGGACCGGUGACACAAGAGAAGAAAGCAAGGAUCCAAGAAAAGAAAUAUUAGAGAAAGAUGAUGAAAAAUGUGAGAAAUGAACAGUUACACUGAAGUAUAAAAGGAAACUAUGAGCUCAAAACUAAUUUGUUAAGGUGAAUGAAUGUUUUUGUUAAAUGAAAUGAUGAAUAAUAAAAUUAAAAUAAUAAGA